AUGUCUCUAACUAAGGAAAAAAUAUUCCUUUACAAAAUGCAAAAAAAGUAAAGUUAAAAGGACAGUUAAAUCAACUUUAUUCCCAGAAUCCCAAUUAUGUAUGGAGAUGGCUCACUAAAUAUUCAAAUAAAAUCUGAGCAAGGAGAAGUUUUAAGGAAUAUUGGAGUGUCUUACUUAGUAUUAGAAUACUUCGAUUCAAAUUUAACUGAGUAUUUUGAAAUUUAGGCGAAAAGUGGCAUUUAGGCAGAUCAAGUAGGUUAAAGCACAGUUUGCCUAAUUGAUUUCGGAGCUGCAGAGGAGUUUUCUUAAGAAAAAUUUGAUAAAAUAGGUAAAUUUGACCUUAUAGGCACACCACUUACUGCAUCUGUAUAUGCUCAUCAGCAAUUUUACACAUGCUAAGGUGAUGAUUUGAUAUCUGCUUUCUAUUCAUUGCUCUUUCUAAGUUUGGAUCAAAAUCUUCCAUGGUAUUAACUUUGCCUUGAUUACGACAAAGCUGAACAGAAAAAUGGCAUUUUGGAAAAGAUAAAAGAAUAAAAAAUCAAAUUGGAGCGAGAUUAUAAUUUAUUUGGAUUGUUUUAAAAUGCCUUGAUUAGGUAAAUAAAGUAAUUUGAAAUGUUAAGAGGCGAAUAGCCAUCCAAGUAUACCACUUAAAUAGAUUAUGAUUUAAUUAUAGAGUAAGUAAAAAAUGAAUGCUUGAACUUAUCUUAAUAAGAAAAUUUAAUUAUACCGAAAGCUGAAAGUAAUUCAAUUAUUUAAGAUGAAUAGAUUGAACUUUAGGACAUUGAAAAUUAAUAAUGUAAAGAUAAUUAGCCUAUUGAUGAGCACUUUAAUAAUAAUUCUUAAGUCAUCAAUUUGGAAGAUGAAGUUAAACCUUCUAAAUUUUCAUGUUCAUCUUCAUAAAAAUUAUGA